AUGCCCGGCACGCCCAGCCUGCUGCCUCCGCUGCUCGCCCUGCUCUGCCUCGGGGCCGCCGACCCCAAGCCCGACCCCGACCGCGACCCCGACGAGCCGUGGUGCCCCUACAAGGUGGGCGGCGAUGGCGGGGCGGGGGCGCGGCUCUGCUUCCGCCCGCCGGCCCGCGGCUUCCAGUGCGCGGCUCGGGGCUGCCGCGCCCACCGCUCCGCGGGCGGCGCGCUGGUGGCCAACGUGCUGCGGAACGGCAGCGUGCUGCUGCAGUGGGGGCUGCGGCACUGGGGGCCUCCGCCGCCGCGCCCCGCCGCCGCCCUGCGCGGCUUCCAGCUCAACUGCUCGUGGGACGGCACCUACACGCGCUUCCCCUGCGACAGCGUGGAGCUGGGAGCCGCGUGUCGCGAUUAUCUGCUGGCCGAGGCGCACGGCAGCGUGCGCUACCGCCUGUGCCUGCAGCCGCGCUUCGCCCCGCCGCGCCCCGCGCCGCCCGCGCAGUGCGUGGAGUUCCGCGUGGAGCCCGCGGCCAUGCGCGACAUCGUGGUGGCCAUGACGGCCGUGGGGGGAUCCAUCUGCGUGAUGCUCGUCUUCAUCUGCCUGCUGGUGGCUUACAUCACCGAGAACCUCAUGAGCCCCCGCGGAGGACACGCGGCCGCCGCUCCGCGCCGCGCGUAGUGCGGGAGGGGAUGGCGGUGAUGAUGGUGAUGGUGAUGGUGAUGCCGUGCCGAGGAACGCGGGGCUGGCGCCGGGCAGCUCCCGCAGCCGUCGUUCCGGCGCUUUCCGGCGUGGGAAGAGGUUUUCCAGACUGUUCUGGCGGCGUUGGGUUUGCCAUGCCCGAAUUUCCAGGACGUGCGUUUCCAGCGGAGUUGGGAGCUCUUCUUGCUCCUGGGGUGGCUUCUCAGCCACAGCCGUUCGUGGUGACUGAACUCGUGGCGUCUCAGCGGAUCAAAAAACAGUGGCAGAUGUCCACAAAUGCCAGAAAUUGUCUGUUUCUAAGGGCAAGCGGCAGAUCCUAGCGAGGGCCUGUUUGAAAAGACUCUUCAGAACACCCUUAUUUUAAACCUAAAACCUCUUGGUCUUAGACCUGUGCUUGAUUUUUUUUCCUGUGGGGUGAAGUUGUUUGAAGUUCAGGAGAACUGACUGGUGGAACGGCAAAACCCACAGCUAAGUGUGUGUUUGAUCCAAAGUCCGCUUAAUCUCGUGUUUUAGGUGGGUUUUGUGUCAAAUUUUGGGGGCCUAGACUGGCCACUGUCCAAAAACCACGGGGGUUUUCUGGUCGAGGGUUUUCUGGUUGGCUCCAGCGACAUCAACAUCCAAACACCUGCUUUUCUCCCAUCAGAACUGUGUCAUAGCUUCACGAAGAGUGAAGGUAAAGGGAUAAACUGAGUAAGAAAACUCCAUUUGGUUGGGCAAGCAGGAACCAACCCUUAAUUAUAAGUAAGAUAUAAAUGAACACCCCCUCUUGCUCCCCUGAAAUCCCCUCCUUUAGCAAUGCAGCUGCACUAAGGUAGAAGCUUCCUGACCACAGAACUCACUGAUGUUGUAGCCGAGUGUUUUGAGCGUAGGAACACUCCCCGUUAACUCCUCACUUGAUGCUGUAGUAAAGUUUUAGCCAUACUCUAGUACUGAUUCUAUUGUGCCUUAGUGCUGAGAAUUUGUCCCAUUUCUAUUGGUGUACCCGUUCCUGUAGUCCUCGUAGUUAAGCGUAUCUCCCUGGCGUUCUCGUCUCUGGAAUUAGUGGUUGUUGGUUUGUCUGAUUGUUUCCUUAAAAAGAAAAAACCAACUUGGGCUGAUCAUUACUUGAAAUUUAGUAUAUACAAAGUAGUUACCCUCAGAGAGGUAUUUAGCGAGGUAGUUUUUUAGUACGUGUUGUUUGUAUGUAGUUGACUACUGUAACACAAAAAAAUAAUAAUUAUCACUUAGGAACUGUGCACCUAAAGCAAAAAAUAAAGUAGGGGAGAGGCUCUGCUGUGAAGGGAUUGUUGCUGUUAAAAUAUGUCAGGUUCACUCACGAUCUGUUUGUGUAAAUGUUUAGCACUGGUGAACGACCUGUUUGCUUUUCUUUGUGAAAGUCGUUUGUGAAGUUUUAGACUCGGUGGUAGAGGCUAAAUAUAGGGAGUGUGUGAAAUCCUUAAUAAUACACAGUAUUUGUCCUGAACAUAAUCCCUUCAAGAACUUGGGAGUGGCUGAGGAGCUGAAGAUCUGCAUUUCAUCGGGCAGAAACACCUUUUUCUUUGUUAUUCCUGCUGUGUUUCCAUUCUCACGUGCAGCUGACUCCAGUUGAGUGUUCUGUGUUUAUCACUUCGUACUUGAUUGAAGCAGCUCAUUGAUGCCAUCAUUUUUGGGGUUUUAUCCCUAACGAGAUCGACUGCUGGAAGAAAAGGCGAUUUUUAAGAACAUCAAGGCUCAUUUUGGUCUUUUAAAGGUUUCAAGUCAGCCUUUGCUGUAGCCAGUUCAGCACUGGACCAUCGGAGUGCCACUGAUUUUGUACAUCUGUGUCACCUUUUGUCAGCCAGUGUCACUGUUCUGUUCCUCAUCCUGUCAUGAAUUGCCAGAUGUGAAAACCAGCUGUAUAAACAGUGAGCCUUGUACCACAUUGGCAUUGAACUUAAUAAAUUAAGAGGAUAAUGAAAAGAAAUUAAAAUUUCAUCAAUAUUUAAAGGUUCCAGAUCUUGCUUGACUCAAAGUGAGUCUGCCCAAACUGGUCAUAAUAAUAUUCCAUUGCCUGCUACAAAAUUGUGACAGCAUUAAUGGGAAAAUAAGAGAUUUAUUCUCUGAAUGCUGGAUUUUAUUUACUAGAGGUUUGGACUGUAGAUAACUGGGUAAUUCAGGUGGUAGCACCGAUGCAAGUGUGAGGAAAUGGAAAUUUAAUUUACGGUUUUGAACGUGGCUGUCUUCAGUAAGACACCUCUGCAGGCAAUAAUGGAUACAGUGACCUGCUGAAACAGCAGCUAGGAGGUACUAAAGAGAUGUUUUUGUAGUCAUUUCACAUUUUUAUUCAUCAGUCUCUGGGGAUUGCAUUGCAACAGCAUGCAGGGCAGAGGGUAGAAGAAAAAUAUAAAUCCUGAUAGAAAAAAAUAUGCAAUUUUCUAAAGGAUUCUUUUCCUAUUUUUUGUUUUUUCCUUUUCCAUGCAUUAUAAAUGGGAUGUGGGAGACAAUAUCUCAGCUUCUCAUUCAUUUUCAGUGGCUAAAGCUUUAAUUGAACACAUCUGGGUGUGUGGAAAAGAAAAUCAAGAGUAUUCCCCGUUUGAUUUUAUGUGACAUUGAGCAAAAUACCCGUUGGCCCAUUGAUAACUGGACUUUUUCCUUCUAUCACCGUAGAAAUUUCCUCCACCAUGAGUGUAGGCAUUUCUUGUGAUAAUAAAAGGGAAAAUUACAUGUACACAGACUUGAUACUAAUUCAGCUGCCACAAGCGUUAGUGAGACUGCACAGUUAAAGCUUUCUGUGGUCUUUGCAGCAAUUCCCAAAACGUGCAGAGUAGCUUGUGGAGUGAUAAUCCAUCCUGGCCUGUCCAGGCAGCAAUAAAGAAGUGGCAGAAUGCUGAUUUAUAUCUGCCAAGAAGC